AUGACAGAAAGGAUUCCAUUAUUUGAAGAAGAUAAAGAUUAUAUUAAUGAAGAUCAUAUUAGUGCAUUUGCUCAAGCAUUAAUAUGGGAACCUAAUAAUGAAGUUCCUCUGGGGGCAUUAACCCCUACAACUUCCAAUAUUAAUAGUUUAUAUCGAUCUAAUAAAUCAAAUCUAUCCCUUGAUUCAUAUCAAAGUAUGACGGAUGAAACUGUUCCCAAACCUGAUCUUAUCACUUCCAAAAGUGAUUGGUUCCCAGUAUUAGAUGAGACAACUAAGUCUACUAAAAAGAAAAAGCACCCCAAAAAAAUGGAUUAUACAAUUCAAGCAUUACAAAAUGAAUUUAGAAAUAAUUCAACUUAUAUGUUAUUAAGGUGGCCAAUUUUAUUAGGAAUAUUUGGUUGGAUAACAAUAUUAGGAAUAUUCUAUUUUAUUGUUCGAAUAUAUGUUGCAUUACUGGAAUAUUAUUUCACUUGGACUGGUGAACGGAAAUUAUUACGGGAUAAAUUAAGACAAUCAAAAACUUAUGAUGAAUGGGUUCAAAAUGCUAUUCGUCUAGAUAAAUAUCUUCAUUUAGAUCGUUGGUCCAAAAAUCCUAAAUUUUCUUAUUAUGAUUAUAAAACGGUUAAAUUAAGUAUUAUUAAAUUAAGAAAAUUACGUAAAACUAAUAAUGAUCAUGAUUUAAUGAUCUUAUUACAAGGUUGUUUGAAAAAAAAUUUCGCUGGGAUUGAAAAUCGUCAAUUAUAUUCUCAUCGAUAUUUUGGUACCAAGGAUUUAGUUGAAGAUUAUUAUCAAGAAGUUACAACAUGUAUUAAUAAAAUUGCAAUUUCAAAAACUAUAGAUAUUGAUACAAAAUGGAAAUUCUUCAAAAUUGUUCUGAAAAAUUAUGGGAAAUCAGCAUUAUGUUUAAGUGGAGGUGCUUGUUUUUCAUAUACUCAUUUCGGUCUAGCAAAAGCCCUUUUGGAUCAAGAUUUAUUACCCAAUAUCAUUUCCGGAACUUCUGGUGGAGGAUUAAUCGCUUCAUUAUUAUGUACUAGAACCAAUGAAGAAUUAAAAAAACUCCUAGUCCCACAAUUAGCCAGAAAAAUCACCGCAUGUGAAGAUCCAUGGUAUAUCUGGCUACCAAGACUUUGGAAAACCGGUGCAAGAUUCGAUGCUAUAGCAUGGGCCCGAAAAUCAUGUUUUUUCACCUAUGGUUCAACAACAUUUGAAGAAGCAUAUCAACGUACAGGUCGAAAAUUAAAUAUCUCCACCGUGCCCGCCGACCCUCAUUCCCCCGUGAUUUUAUGUAAUGAUCUAACCGCCCCCCAUUGUAUCAUCUGGUCGACAUUAUUAGCCUCCUCAGCCGUGCCGGGGAUCUUAAACCCCGUGGUCCUAAUGUCAAAACACCCCACGGGGGAAGUUGUCCCAUUUUCAUUAGGAAACAAAUGGCGAGACGGAUCUUUGAGAACAGAUAUCCCCGUCGAUGCAUUAAAUAAUUAUUAUAAUGUCAAUUUCACAAUUGUUUCACAAGUCAAUCCCCAUAUUUCAUUAUUUUUCUUCGCUCCCAAGGGGACAGUGGGUCGACCAGUUGCCAUUCCGCAUCGGAGAAUAAAACGGAAAGGAUAUGCGUAUUUCCGGGGUGGAUUUAUCGCGACGGCAUUAGAACAAUUAUUUAGAUUGGAGAUUAAGAAAUGGUUACAAAUUAUCAAAAGUCUAGAUCUCUUGCCUCAUGUGUUACAACAAGAUUGGCUGAAUAUUUGGUUACAAACUUUCACGGGAUCGAUUACGAUUUGGCCUCGGAAUCGAUUGAAGGAUUUUUGGUAUAUUUUGAGUGAUCCUACUGAAGAAAGAAUGCAUGAGAUUUUGUUAAAGGGGGAACGAUCGAUGUUUCCCCGGAUAUUGUUUGUGAAACAUCGGUUAUCGAUUGAGAGGGCGAUUGAGCUGGGGAAGAAAGUUACGUUUGCUCAGAUGAAAGCUUUGAGAAGGAUGAAUGGAAGGUUUGAAUAUGAUGAUAUUGAUGAUGAUGAUUAUGAUUAUGAUGAGGAACAGGAUGGACAUUUUUCGCCGGAGGAGUAUGAUUCGGGGAGGUUUAGAGAAACACUUGGGAUCUCGAAGGCGGAAUUAGAGUCAGCUAUUAUUGAUGAGGAGGAGGAUGAAGUAGAACUGAUUGUGGAUGAAGAAGAGGAGGAGGAAGAGGAAUUGGAGAUGGAACAUAUGGUGGAUGAAGUUGUUGAUGAGGAUAUUAAUGAAGAAGAAGAAGAUAAUAAUGACAAUUAUGAUAUGAAUGGUAAUAAUGGAACAAUAAAUGGUCGUGAUAGAUCAAAUACUGUUUAUUAA